CAGGAGCAGCCUCAAAAUAACUCUUCCCCUUUCUGCAAAGUGUCUCUCAGGCUGGCCAUGCAGGUAGUGGGCAGCCUGGCUCGGGGCUUCUGCCUGGGGCUCCUGCUUGGUUGGGCGACCCUCGCGUCCCCAGAGAGCAACAAGGAGCGCAAGCUCUUCAACCGCCUUUUUGCCAACUAUGACAAGUCCCAGUGGCCGGCCCAGAGUGUGGGCGAAGUGCUCCAGGUCUCCUUGAAGCUGACCCUCACCAACCUCAUCUCACUGAAUGCCAAAGAGGAGACGCUGACCACCAAUGUCUGGAUCGCUCAGCAAUGGGUGGACUAUCGGCUGAACUUCAGCAGCGAGGAAUAUGACAAAGACCUGCGGGUCCCGGCUGACCAAGUGUGGCUGCCGGACAUUGUCCUGGAGAACAACAUUGACGGCAACUUUGAGGUGGCCUAUUCUGCCAACGUCCUGAUCUCCCCCGGGGGGUCUGUGUACUGGCUGCCCCCCGCCAUCUUCCGCAGCUCCUGCCCCAUCGAGGUCACCUUCUUCCCUUUUGACUGGCAGAACUGCUCCCUCAUCUUCCGGUCCAAAACCCACAAUGCCCGGGAGGUCGAGCUGCAGUACGGCCUCGAUGAUGACACCGCUGAGCCAGUGGAGGAGGUCAUCAUUGACCUCCAGGCCUUCACAGAGAACGGGGAGUGGGCCAUCCGGCACCGCCCAGCCCGCCGGGUCCUGGCCCCCAUGGCCGGGCUAGAGGCCCCAGGCUUCUCCGAGAUCCACUACAUCCUCAUCAUCCAGCGCAAGCCGCUCUUCUACAUCAUCAACAUUAUCGUGCCCUGCGUGCUCAUUUCCUCCCUGGUGGUCCUGGUCUACUUCCUGCCCGCCCAGGCCGGUGGCCAGAAGUGCACGGUCAGCAUCUCGGUCCUGCUGGCCCAGACGGUCUUCCUCUUCCUGAUUGCCCAGAAGGUGCCCGCAACCUCACUCAGCGUCCCCCUCAUUGGCAAGUACCUGCUCUUUGUGAUGACGGUGGCCACCCUGAUCGUCACGAACUGCGUCGUGGUGCUGAACGUCUCCCUGCGCAGCCCCAGCACCCACCGCCUGUCCCCCAGGCUCAAGCACCUCUUCCUCAAGAUCCUCCCGCACUACCUGGGCUCCACCAUCGGCCCCGCAGAUGACGAGUCCCAAGGCGGCCCCUGCCCUCGGCGCUCCUUCUCCAUCUUGGUCAAGGCUGAGGAGUACAUCCUGAAGAAGGCCCGGAGUGAGGUCCUCUUUGAGCACCAGGGCCACCGCCAUGGGCUGCAGAGGGCGCCUGAUUACGAUGGGCUGGAUGUGCAGAUGACCACCAUGCUGUACAAGAACCUCUCCAGCCUGGCCCCGGAGAUCAAGGAGUGUGUGGAUGCCUGCAACUUCAUCAGCAAGAGCACCAAGGAGCAGAACAGCCACGGGGCGGAGAUGGAGAAUUGGAUGCUGAUCGGGCAGAUGAUUGACAAGCUCUGCUUCUGGCUGGCCAUCCUGCUCUUCACCAUCGGCACCCUGGCCAUCUUCUUCAUGGGUCACCUCAACACGGUGCCGGAGGACCCCUUCCCAGCCCACUAGGGCGAGGGGCUUCUCCGCAGCCUCCGGCCAGCCGUGAAAAGCCCCACCACCACCCUCUCCUUUGGCGUGGGGGACUGUUGCCAUUCUCGGGCCCAGAUGCAUCCGACAGCAGCAGCGAUGAAGGGCUCUGUGCGGCCCUAAAGCUUGCACACGCGUGUGGACGCCAGCCUGCUUCUUUUGAAUAAAAGCUUUGAGCCCUUCUUUCUCCCCCCACCACACCCC